AUGGGGUGCAAGUCAUCAGACGAGCCAAAGCCAAAGCACAGGAAGGGCUUGUGGUCACCUGAAGAAGACCAAAGGCUCCGAAACUAUGUCCUCAAACAUGGCCAUGGCUGCUGGAGCUCCGUCCCCAUUAACGCCGGCUUGCAGAGGAAUGGAAAGAGCUGCAGAUUAAGGUGGAUUAAUUACUUGAGACCAGGAUUGAAACGAGGGAUGUUUAGCAAGCAAGAGGAGGAGACAAUUCUGACCCUUCAUCAUAUGUUAGGCAACAAGUGGUCUCAGAUAGCACAGCAUUUGCCUGGAAGAACAGAUAAUGAGAUUAAGAACUACUGGCAUUCUUAUUUGAAGAAGAAAGUGGCCAGAGCUGAAGAAAUGGAAGCUCAUACCAAAACACAGUAUACUAGUUCAAGCUCAGAUACUGUGGAUUCUUCAAACUCUCCCAAAAAUCCCAGAACUGGAAUUCCAAAUAUUUGUAAUUCACUUGAACACAUGGAAAAAUCAACAACAAAUGCUUAUCAGUCACCUAAAGAGGCUAACUGUAGCCCCUUACCAAAGCUUUUAUUUGCCGAGUGGCUUUCCUUAGAUCAUGUUCAAGGUGAGAGCUUUGCAAAUUCUGCUGAGGGACUAAUUGGUAGAGAUGCAUUUUCUCAAAAUUCAAACUUCCAAUACUCUCCCAUGCAAGUUUUUUCAUCCAAUGAAGGAACAUAUAGUGGUGAAUUUCACAAUGGGCUAAGCCAUGGCUCAGCCACUACUGAGACGUUCAAUUUACAAUAUAAGUUUGAGGAUCAGAUUUCAGGAAAUGGGUUUGUUGAUUUCAUCUCUGGGGGUGAUGCAUGUAGUGAUUUCAACAUGAAUAAUGGUGUAAUGUAUAUCUGA